AUGUCCUGUCUCUGCCACGCGCCGGGUUGUACACGUAGCAGGAGCUCAGUGGACGAUGUGGUGCGCGCUGACUUGGCGCGCGUGAAGGACAGCCUGCCGCUGGAAUGGAAGAGCCACGUGGAGAAGCACAUUCUCGACGGCGCCGCGUUCGGGACCAUUCAGAACCAUCCACGUGUCAGCUGGGCCGAGCACCGCGCUCCUGAGAACGGUGGGCGCGUUUUCGUGGUUCUGCACGGCAGCAUUGACAACGAGGACGAGGUGCGCGAGCUGUACAGCCUGCCCAAGCCCGACCGCCCCGACUCGCUGCUCGCCUUCUCCGCCUCCUCCGCGCAGCUACUCGCCGAGCUCUACUGGAAGGGCUUCUCAGACGCGUAUGGCGACUACUCGUCGCAGCCCCAGACAUGCCUCGCCUCGCUGCAGGGCUCAUGGGCCUUCUGUCUGUUUGACGACGCCAGUCAGUACGUGCUGGCUGCCAGGGACUCGCACCACGGCGCACCACUCUUCUGGGCCUCCGUGCAGCAAGCCGACUUGCUCUUUUGCACGUGGAGCGCUGCUCCCACUUCCAUCCCUGAAAAUGCCACACACCCCCCUGCAGAAGCCACCGAUGCCGCUGCCGAUGCUCCUGAUGCUCCUGAUGCUCCUGAUGCUCCUGAUUCCCUUCCUCCUCCUCCUCUCAUUGCUGCUGCUGCUGCUGCGGGUGUGUCGUCCACUGCCCAUGGUCUAGAGCUCCGCGAGUUCCCGGCAGGGUUUUUCUACGAGAAGAAGUGGGAUGAAACCAUCGGCUCCUUGCACAGCUACAUGGAGGGGGAGGAGACGGAGGAGAUGGAUGUGAGCGUGCCCAUGCCCUGUGCCACCAUGUUCAGGGUCAGCAGUGGGAGCGACCUUGCAGGACCCAAGCCAGGAAGUUUCGCCAUGUGA